AUUUAAUUAAUUAAAUAGAAAAAUAAAAAACAUUACGAAUUUCAAUAUAGGAUAACUUAUUAAAUUAAAUGCAUCUAAUUAAACAGUAAAAUAAAAAUUCGAAAAAUAAAUUACAUUUUUUUAAAUUAUUAAAAAAAACACGUCACCAAAUUGUGCAUUAAAAGAUGGUAGAUCUUGCCAUUAAAAUAAUCAUAUAUAUGGAACCAAGUAAGUAAUCUCCUAUAUAAGUAAACCCCUUAAUAUGCAUUAAAAGUAAGUUUAUUAGGCUAUUAAGAUUAAGAUGGUAGAUCUUGCCAUUUUUUAAUAUAUUGGUAUAUAAGGAAGUAAACUACUAAUCUCUCCUAAUUUAGUGAGAAAUAUUUUGUAUAUAUACAUCUCUUCUCUACCAAGUUCAUUCCAACAUACAACCUAAUUCUCUUCAUACAUGACUUCAUACAAAUGCGGUGCCAGGUGGUGUAGAUGAAGAGAAUUACCAAAUCUACUACUAUAUUGGGCAAGCGAACACAAUCAGACCAGACACCAACUCUCGAGGAUAAUGACAACGAUCAGGCACCUCACAAUUGUCCUGGAAUUUAUACAAUCCGUAAUCCUCUUGAAAGUAUUUUUACGUCAAGUGACACCGAACAACAUGGUGUCCCGAUUGUUCCUCUUCGUCGUCGCAACAGACGUAUCAUAGAUGAAGGGUUACAUGGGAACACAAGUCAUCCCAAUCCUCAGCCAGAUCGCCCUGAAAUUUAUACAAAGAGGAAUCCUGUUGAAAGUAUUUUUACGUCAAGUGACACCCAACACCAUGCUGUCCCGAUUGUUCCUCUUCGGCGUGGCAAUAGGCGCAUAAUUGGUGAAGGGUUAGAUGGGAACACAAGUUAUCCCAAUCCUCACCCAGAUCGUCCUGGAACUUAUGCACAUGGGAUUCCUGUUGAAAGUAUUUUUACGUCAAGUGACACCCAACACCAUGCUGUCCCGAUUGGUCCUCUUCGGCGUGGCAAUAGGCGUAUGAUUGAUGAAGGGUUAUAUGGGAACACAAGUCAUCCCAAUUCUCAGCUAGAUCGUCCGGGAAUUUAUACAAAUCGGAAUCCUGUUGGAAGUAUUCCUAAGUCAAGUGACACUCAACACCAUGAUGUCCCGAUUGUUCCUCUUCGUCGUGGCAACAGACGUAUAAUUGAUGAAGGGUUAGAUGGGAACAAAGUUGAUCCAAAUCCUCAGCCGGAUUGUGACCUUCCUCAAUGUGAAGAUGAAUUUCACAACUUUGAUGAAAUGCCAUUUGUAGAUGAACAUGCUGAUAAUGCAACAUCUUCAAAUGAAGGUUACACCGAUCUUGGUGAUGCUAUAUAUGAAUGUGAAUAUUGUGGAGCAUUUUUUUGGCAUGAGGAGAGAGUGAAAAGAGUGUCAGCCAAAGAGAGGCCAAAGUUCACAUUGUGUUGCAAUCAAGGGAAUGUCGUGCUCCCAAAAAUGCAACAACCGCCAAAACUUUUGGAAGAUUUGAUAUUUGGCAAAGACAAGCGGGGGUAAACACUUUCUUGAAAAUAUCAGAUCAUACAACUCAAUGUUUUCAUUCACAUCGAUGGGCGGAAAAGUAGAUCAUGAAAUAAAUCAAGGGAAAAAUCCGCCUAUAUUCCGUUUGAAUGGUCAAAACUAUCACAGAAUUGGAAGUCUCCUUCCAAAUGAUGGCAAAAGGCCAAAGUUCUUACAAAUGUAUUUAUCAGAUCCAUCUGAAGAAAUUUCGCAGCGAAUCUCAGCCGUGAGGAAAGAGAGUGGCAAAACAUUGGAUGAUACACUGGUACGCGAUCUGAGAGAUAUGCUUGAUACACACAACGUCCAUGCCAAAUCUUUCCGGAUGGCAAGAGAUAGGUUCAAUGAAUCUAACUCCACAACAUUGAAAAUGAGGCUAAUAGGGAAAAGAAAGUCAGAAGGGCGGACGUAUAACACUCCCACUGUUUCAGAAGUGGCAGCACUUAUUGAGGGAGACUUCCACGUGAACAAAGCAGAGCGAGAUGUUGUCGUUCAAACAAAGGGUGGAGCUUUUCAGUUCAUGACGGAGUUAAACCCUUCAUUUCUAGGGUUGCAAUAUCCAUUAUUAUUUCCGUACGGCCAGGAUGGAUUCAGAGAGGAUGUCAGAUUGACCCGCGUGAAUGAUGAGACGGAGCAAGGAAGGAAUCAUGUUACUCAAAAAGAGUUCUUUUCAUAUCGAGUGCAAGAUCGAAAGAAUGAAUCAUCAUACAUACUACGAGCGAAGCGCUUAUUUCAACAAUUUCUGGUGGAUGGCUAUACAAUGAUAGAAUCCUCUCGAUUGCGAUAUAUUCGUCAGCAUCAGAAGGAGUUGAGAAGUGACUUAUAUAGUGGCUUGGCUGAUGCAGUAGGUCGGGGUGAGACUAAUGCAUCAAGGGUGGGCCAACUCAUUGUGCUACCGAAUUCUUUCACAGGGAGUGCACGUUAUAUGAUGCAAAAUUAUCAAGACGCGAUGGCCAUUUGUAGAUGGGCAGGAUAUCCGCAGUUGUUCAUAACAUUCACAUGUGACCCUAAGUGGCCAGAGAUUGUGCGCUUCGUUAUUGACAGAGGUUUGAAUCCAGAAGACAGGCCAGACAUCCUUUGUAGGAUAUUUAAAAUGAAGCUGGACCUCCUAAUAAAAGAUUUGAAGCACAAUAAAAUAUUUGGUGACGUCAAAGCAGUUAUCUACACUAUUGAGUUUCAAAAGCGUGGUUUGCCUCAUGCCCAUAUAGUCUUAUGGGUUACUCAGAAAGGCAAGAGAAUAUCACCCUCAGAGAUUGACAAGAUUAUAUCAGCGGAGAUACCUGAUGAAAGGUCUGACCCGGAAUAUUAUAACGCGGUAAAAGAACUUAUGAUGCACGGUCCUUGUGGUCCAGCAAACAAGUCAGCGCCAUGCAUGGACAAAAACGUUUGCACAAAGCACUUUCCGAAACGUUUUGUUGAACAAACAACCAUUGAUGGGGAUGGUUAUCCAGUUUAUAGACGACGCAAUGAUGGGAGACGUGUUACCAAGGGUGAUGUGGAUCUUGACAAUAGACACGUGGUCGCGCAUAAUCGUACAUUGCUGCUGAAGUAUGGUGCACACAUAAAUGUUGAAUGGUGUAACCAAACAAGGUCGGUCAAGUAUCUUUUCAAGUACAACAACAAGUAUCACAGUAGAAUUUUCUGAAGCAGUGGAUAACUCCAAACAACAACAAGUUGAUGAGAUUAAAAUGUACUACGAUUGUCGCUACAUCUCAGCAUGUGAGGCUGCAUGGAGAAUAUUUGGGUAUCCUAUCCAUUACAGGGAUGUGCCGGUGGAACGUCUCAAUUUUCAUUUGCCAGACGAGCAACCAGUAUACUAUCACCCGGAUGAGCCGAUGGAAUCUGUUGUUGGAAAAGGCACAGUUCAAGAUACAAAAUUCUUGGCUUGGAUGAAGGCAAAUGAAAAAUAUCCAGAGGCACGAGAGUUGACAUACGUUGAAUUUCCAACGAAGUUUACUUGGAAACAAAAAACCAAGGAGUGGGUGCCAAGGAAAAGGGGAUUCUCAAUUGGUCGUGUGUAUUUUGUUCGUCCUGGGGCAGGGGAAAAAUUCUAUUUGAGGACGCUACUGAAUGUUGUUAAAGGUGCUACAUCCUUUGAAGAGUUGCGCACUUAUAACGGGACAUUAUUUCCCAGCUUUAGGGAUGCUUGCUAUGCCCGUGGGUUGCUAAAGGAUGAUAAGGAAUAUAUAGAUGGGAUUACUGAGGCAAGUCAUUGGGCAUCCGCAUAUGCACUCCGUAAUUUGUUUGUUACUCUUUUAUUGUCGGAUGUGUUGUCAAAGCCACAAUUGGUAUGGGAGAAGUGCUCGCAAUACUUUUCAGAGGACAUACUCUACAACAUUAGAAGGAACCUCAAUGACCCUGAGUACCAAUUGAGCACAGAAGAGGUGAACAAAUAUUGCUUGAUCGAGAUUGAGAAGUUGUUAAGGAAAAGGUGCAGAUCACUACGAGAUUUUGUGGGAAUGCCAAUGCCACCUGAAUAUGAUAUUCCUUCCAUUGAAGACACCAUAAUUCAUGAAGAGUUGAAGUAUGACAAAUCUGUCAUGGCCGAGACACAUGCAAAAUUAUUGAAAAACAUGAAUGAAGAGCAACGAAGUGUCUACGAUAAAAUCAUGGAAUCUGUUGACAAGACGAAUGGAGGUGUCUUCUUUUUGUAUGGUCACGGUGGCACAGGAAAAACAUAUGUAUGGAAGACUUUAUCAGCAGCAAUAAGAUCACAAGGUCAAAUAGUGUUGAACGUUGCAUCGAGUGGGAUUGCAUCACUUCUUCUUCCUGGAGGACGUACUGCGCACUCAAGGUUUGCUAUUCCAAUCAAUGAUACUGAAGACUCAACCUGCAAUAUAAAGCGUGGUAGUCCAUUGGCUAAAUUGAUUCAAAUGGCCAAGUUGAUUAUUUGGGAUGAGGCCCCUAUGAUACACAGGCAUUGCUUUGAAGCUCUAGAUAGAAGUAUGAGAGACAUACUUUCUUGCUCUCAUGAUGGCAAUCCAAAAUUGCCUUUUGGUGGAAAAACGAUUGUUUUCGGUGGAGACUUUAGACAAGUGUUGCCUGUCAUUCCUAAAGGCACAAGACAGGAUAUUGUUCUUGCAUCUUUGAAUGCAUCACAUCUGUGGCAGUAUUGCACGGUGUUGAAGUUAACAAAAAACAUGAGACUCAAGAACUUCACAAAUGAAACGGCCAAUCCAAGUAUUUUGAAGCUUUUUGCCGAUUGGAUACUACAAAUUGGUGAUGGUGUUCUGGGAGGGAGCGUUGAUGGAGAAGCAGAAAUUGAUAUACCGGAAAAUUUUCAUGUUCCAGUAAUGUCUGAUCCCAUUGAAUCCAUUGUCAACGCCACUUAUCCAGAUUUUUUGAAGAACAUGAACAACAUCUCAUAUCUUGAAGGGAGAGCAAUUCUUGCACCGACAAUUGAUGAGGUAGACAAGGUCAAUGAUUUCAUGUUGUUGCAGAACAGCUCAGAGGAAAAGACAUAUUUCAGUUCAGAUUCAGCGUGUUCCUCAACCUCAGACAAUGAGCUCCUUCAGGAGAUUCAUUCUCCCGAAUUCCUUAACGGCAUAAAAUGUUCUGGUGUUCCAAGUCACGAGUUGAAGCUAAAAGUUGGUGUACCGGUGAUGCUCAUGAGGAAUAUAGACCAUUCGGCCGGCUUGUGUAAUGGUACCCGACUUUUAGUGACAAAACUAGGUGAACAUAUUAUUGAAGCACAGAUGAUGUCUGGAACUAAUGCAGGUGAGAAAUUCCUUAUCCCAAGGAUUAGUCUAACCCCGACAGAUGUGAGGCUACCUUUCACAUUCAUGCGUCGGCAAUUCCCCUUGAUGGUUAGCUAUGCAAUGACGAUGAACAAGAGCCAAGGACAAUCAUUAGAGAAUGUGGGCGUUUUUCUACGACGCCCAGUUUUUACACAUGGCCAGUUAUAUGUUGCAGUUUCGAGGGUGACGAGUCCGUCUGGAUUGAAGUUCGUGAUAUGUGACGACGAGGGAAAUCGAAAAAAGACCGCAAAAAAUGUUGUCUACAAAGAAGUCUUCAAUAAUUUGUAAAAUUGUAUGCUUAUUAAACUUCAAAUAUUUUUUAUUAUGUAUUUAAUAAUGUUUACUCUCAUUCCCGUG